AUGAAUUACUCAAAAGUAUUUGCCCGCUUCGUUUCCCGUCUAGUUUUGGCAGCAUUACUGGCCUCUGCCUUCCUGCUCCUGGCCUUCAAUGCUGACAUGCUCUACCUGUCCCGCUGGCAGAAACAUGCCAGGUAUGGUAUCGUCGACGGCAUCCAUGCACGUUUUCGGAGGGAUUUCAGUGAAGGAGUUGAGGUCAAAUAUACAAAAGAAUGGCUGCAGAAACAGUUUACCAACCCGCAGGGAAUUGCCUCCAUCUUACUCCUAAUAGGUGGAGACAUUAUCCAAAAGGCAAUUGCACAGUUGGCAUGCAACGCACCGCCAUCCGUUCCGUAUUUUACUCCCGUCAUAUUCAGCUACGGCUGGGUUUCGUAUGCUUUCAUAUCGGUAGCAAACGCAUUCGGCAGUGCCGACUACUUUCCUAAGCCGGAUUAUCCUGCCACUGUUGUCACUGUGGCAUCUGGAGACAGAAGAGAGAACCAGUCGUGGGUUAUCGGUAGGUUGCUGCGAGACCUGGAGCGAGAGAUUGACCCCACGGGCGACAUCACCAACAGAGCCACCAAAGCCGGAGAGAGGCCGCAUGCGCUGCAUAUAGCUCCUUUCAUCAUAGACCCCAAGAUAGGGGCUACAUUUGAGCACAAACGAGACCGAGUGUGGUGGUCCUUUGUGUAUUUUCUAAUUUUACAACUGUUCGUUGCUGUCUGUCCUCUGAUACCGUACCCGACGCGCAAAAGCUCUAAUCCAAACUUUUAUAUCCUCAUCAUUACCGUAAUUGGAAAUUUGUUGGCCGUCUUGACGGCAGCUGUUCAUACGUCAAAAAUACAAAAGUUUGGUAAUGGGCGUUGCGAUUCGAAAACCCCGUACAUAAUCACAAGAGGAAAUGGGCACAAUAUUGCCAUUGUCGUCUUGCCAAACUCGUUUGACAACGAAGAAAUGGAGCAUGGUCAAGCUGUACCGAAAGCUGCCUCCAGACUUCCUUACUUUGAUCGCUUGGCAGCGGCAAGCUACAGGCCAAGUAACACAAGGGCAGUUUUAACAAUGAUUUUGGCAGUUGCUUGGGUCGCAUUACUGCUCAUGAUUGGCGGUUCUACCGAGGAUUCUUGGUUUCUGUUACUCGUCGGCGCGAUUGGUAUGGUGCAUAAUGUGUACGUUGCCAGCGCAGCACGAACGUCAGAAGCCCAUGGGAUACCCUUGAAGCGACUCAGGGGACAUUGGGAGUUUUGGGGUACAAAUGUGAUUGGGACUCUACUUCGUUUGGAAAAGACCAUUCCUGGUGCUGGGUAUAUGCUUCGCCCGCUGUUUUUUACCGGCCCCGAAACCGAGCUAGAUUAUAAUGCUUGGUUCGAGACUUUUGCAUCUCCGACGGACCGGAAGACUUUGGCGGACCGGACGAGAAACAAUGGUUUGGCGGAGAGGGAAAUUCUAAAGAAGAUUAAGGAGCGAAAAGAGCGGUGGCGGAAUUUGUUUCAAGAGGAUUUUAAAUCUUCACAGGGAGAUCCGUUUAAAUGUUGGAUGAAAAUUGGGGCUGAGGCGAAAAGGCAAGAGAAGAAGGCUGAAUCAUGGGAUGGGAAAGCCGUGACCAUCACCUACCCGUUCUUGGAAAGCUUGGGAGAAAACCAGAUAAACGCGGCAUCUACGAAGGAUACUGAGGUCGACGAGGAUCCUUCUGGUAAUUCAUCAGAAGAACCAGGCAUUCACAUUCAAGGCGAUAGCCGCUCACUAGUAGGAAUGGGCGAGUCGUCUACAGCGAUUUUUGGAUCACAAUCAAGCAUUUCGAAAAGUACCCCCAAGGAAUACAUUCGGAGACCCGUAAAGCCCCUUAUUGUCAGGGUGGGAGAGACAAAAAAGAUUCACUCCAAAACAUCGGACCACGGUCAAGACGCCAAUUCGGUUUUGCCCCUUGGUAAGCGACAGGCGAAGCCGGACAGGUCCCCUCAAGAAGACAUUUACAGCAGUGACGAUCUGCUUCCCGCUGCGGAAAAACAGAAAGCUAAUGAUGAAACCCGGGGUAAAGGCCCGACGACCAGUUCAAAUUCGGUACAAGAGUUGAGCGUCGCUUGCUCCAAACGCUUUUAG